CAAAUGGUGCAGUACAUCCUGACGCCGUGGCGCGAUCGCCGCGAGCUGCUCAAGGUUCGCCAGCAGUUCUAUCCCGCUGCCCCAGCUUCAUCAGCACCAGCACCAGCAGCACCACCAACAAGUACCAACACCAACAAGACAACCCCAAGCAGCGACCAGCACCAUGCCGUCGCGAGGGUGUCCAUGUGGAUGCAGCGCGGCAACUGCCCGCACAUGGUCGAGUCCACGGCCCUGCUGACGGCCGCCAUCCUCAGCGACGCCGAGAGCAAGGGCGGCGCUGGCACCUAUGCUGUCCGGGCUGCCUACGCCGCUGCCUUCAGUCGGUUCGUGACCGGGCUCUUGGACGGUCACCAGGAUAAGCAACGCAAGCUGAGCAUGUACUCAGUGGCAAAGACUAUUGGCCUGCCGGCGACCUUUGUCGAGCUGCGGCACCAGGCGACGCAUGAGACGCUGCCGUCCCUCGCGAAGCUGCGUUCCGCCGCGCGCAAAGCGCUGGUUUGGAUCUGGGAAUAUUACUGGCAGCACCUGGGGCCUAACGAGGUCGUGAGCCAGGCCCCUGAAAGGACGGCCCCUGUGCGCCGCGAAGUCGUGGUCGCAUUUCUGGAGGAGCAGGAUGCCGGGAGGAGGGCGGAGAUGAGGAAAUGGAUUGAUGGGCUGGACGAGGGUCGGUUGUUGGCGACGCUGGAGAAAAUUGUCCAGGCCCCGCCGAGUGAGGCCGUCAUGCUUGCGGCUCAGCAGCUUUCCGAGGACAUUACGCGCAAGGGACAAGCAGAUGGGCAGGGCGAGAUGGAGGAGGAUGCGGCUUCAGAGAGCGUUGGCACCGGAUGGGCCAAGUUUGAGGGGACUUGGAAGCCGCGACCUAUUGGCCUCACGCUCACCAACGCCAUGCAUAUUCAGUCGAUCCCCAUGUGGGUGGGCAGUAGUAACAACUACGCCUACCUAGUCAAGGACGACAAGACCAACGAUGCCGUCAUCAUUGACCCGGCCAACCCGUCCGAAGUGACACCCGUAUUGCAAAAGGCUAUCAAGAGCGGCGAGAUUAACCUCACCGCCAUCGUCAACACGCACCAUCACUGGGACCACGCGGGCGGAAACAAGAAGCUGCAAGGCGAAUUGGGUCUGGAUAAGCUCCCCAUCAUCGGCGGCAAGGACUGCGAGGGCGUGACGCGUAUGCCGGGCCACGGCGAGUCGUUCAAGAUUGGCGAGGGCAUCGCGGUCAAGGCGCUGCACACGCCUUGCCACACGCAGGACAGCAUCUGCUGGUUCAUGCAGGAUGGGGACCAAAAGGUCGUGUUUACGGGCGAUACGCUCUUCAUCAGCGGUUGCGGCAAGUUCUUCGAGGGCAACGCCGAGGAGAUGCACAGCGCGCUGAACAAGACGCUGGCCUCUCUUCCCGACGACACGGUCGUGUUUCCCGGACACGAGUACACCAAAUCCAACGUCAAGUUCGCUGCGUCUGUGCUGCAGAACGAGGCGAUCCAGAAGCUGCAGGCGUUCGCGGAGAAUAACAAGGAGACGCAGGGCAAGUUUACGAUCGGAGACGAAAAGAAACACAACGUCUUUAUGCGCGUCGAGGACCCCGAGAUUCAGAGAGUGACUGGGGAGAGCGAGCCCGUUUCCGUUAUGAAUAAGUUGCGCGAGAUGAAGAACAACUUCAAGGCUGCCACCACCCUCUGUCUUCGCAAUUCUCAACCACCCAAACUAACACCCAAUCCCAAGCCCGCAAAACGCAAACCACCGACCUCAAAACCCUCCACCUCGACAACAGACGUCCCCCGCCCCCGCGCCUCCAAACUCGCAAAAGAACACAACAUCUCCGCCCACGAAGAGCGCGAGAUCCGCGAAGCCUUCUCUCUAUUCGCCGAACCCCUCAAAGGCUACUCCAAAGAAGGCGUCAUCCCAACCUCGGACGUCCGCUCCUGCCUCGUCGCCCUCGGCAUCCCGCCCUCCUCCCGCGACGAGCAGGCCGAGUUCGUCGAGAUCUUAGACCCCGAGGGCGAAGGCUUCGUGGCGUAUGAGCCGUUUUUCGCCGUGUGCGCGUUGAAGUAUCAUCAGAGGGAGGAACGGGGUGGAGGGGAGGCCAGGAGGAGGGAGGUGGAGGAGGCGUUCGGGCUUUUCACGGGGGCCGGUGCUGGGGCUGGAGGUUCUUCGGCGUCGGCUUCUGCUGGGCAGAGGGAUGUCAUAACGAUUGCGGAUCUCAAGAGGGUUGCUGCCGUGCUUAGAGAGGACGUCAAGGACGAGGUGCUGCGGGAUAUGAUCCUUGAGGCCAACGGGGGCGCGGGCGUAGGCAAGGGAGUAAGGAGGGACGAGUUUGAGGAGGUCAUGCGCCGGGCUGGAGUUUGGCGAUGAUUGCGUGCACGCGGUCGACCUACCUCACUGACUGGUUGGACGAUAAGAGGCUUCGUGGCCUUUGCGGUGGGCUUUGGUCCUGCAUUAUACCCUAUUAUGCUGGCGUUUGGGAGGCACGGCGAUCGCAUUUCCCUUCUUUGUUUGUUUUGGGCGCGUUUAUAGCAUCUAUGGGCUACUUCUAUCUCGAUAGUUGGAACUUCGACUUCACGGCUUCAAGCUUCACAAUCUACACGAGCAACUGCAACAUGCUGCAGUAUCUGGAACAC